GCACUUACGUCCGAUGGUCCUGCCUGUGAAAAUCGAGUGGGAGUCGUACGACGAACACGGACGCCGCAGGAUCAAGCCCCCGGCGUCGACCAUCCACGGGUGGCUCGUCAAGUGGCGGGGCACCUUCUCGGGCGACGAGGAGCUGCGACGGCAGGGGAUCCGCGAGAUGCGCGAGGCGCGGGCCAUCCGCGCAUGGCGCCAGCAGAAGGGCAGGACGAAGAAGGGCUCAACCUCCGCACUCGGGCUAUCCUUCCUCAGCAGGGGCCCCAGCACGAGCAAACCCAAGAAAUCCCAGAGCCGGAGCCAGAGCCAGAGCCAGUCCUCGAGCCGGGUCGUCUCCCGGUCGAAUACCCGCCACAGCCAGUCUCGCAGCCAGAGCCAGAAUCAGAAUCAGAGCCGCCAGGUUAUCCCCCACCCCACGCACCACCGGCAUGGCUCCUCCCGACAGAAUAGCGGUAGUGCGGGGCAGAAGUCGCCCCAGCAGCAGCAGCACCGGCCCCGAGGGUCUUCUUCGCACCAGAGUCCCAGGCCCUCGGCGAGGAGGGCCAACACGAGCAGGAGAUCAUCCGGGAGAUGAGGGGCCGUGGAGUCUGUAUCCUCAACCCCGGUUUGCAUGAUUGUACGAUUGCAGAUGUUGUCUAUUCUUUUCUUGAUACGCUCGCAGCGCGAUACCUCUUCCCCGUUGCAUAACUUAUCUCCGUUCACGCACAUGUACGAUAUUUAUCAUUCCCCUUGCUGUAUACGUAGACACCCUGUAAUAUGUUUGGAGUUGCGGACUUCUUUGGAUCAUCUUGUACAUACACACGCACUUUCUCUAGUCUCUUCCCUUAUCUCUGACGGACCAAUUUAUGACUGUUACGAACAUGGGAACGCAGUGUCCGGAUGCACGAG